UGUUGCCGGGUUCCUGACAAGCAACCUGCAUGGCGGCGGUCAUAGGAACCGGUUGGUGAGAAGGUGGAUGGUGACGAUGAGAGGCUGGAAUCUGCGGGAGGUUUCCCUAGCUUUAAGGCAAGGGCGAAUUAGUCCGACUGAGCUGUGCCAGAGAUGUCUGUCUUUAAUCAGGAAAACAAAAGUUUUGAAUGCCUAUGUUACUGUCACUGAGGAGCAAGCCCUGAAACAGGCUGCAGAUGCAGAGGAAAGACUGCAGAGAGGGUUUUGCGAGGGAAUCCAAGAGGCUUCAAGGCAAUUUGGACAAGUUGAGUAACCGGCAAGUGCAGAAUAACAUGGGAAACCCUUUAGGUCCAUUAGAUGGGGUUCCAGUUGCCGUUAAAGAUAACUUCAGCACUGCUGGUAUUGAGACAACAUGUGCAUCAAAUAUGUUAAAAGGUUAUGUUCCACCUUUUAAUGCCACAGUAGUGCAGCGGUUACUGGACCAAGGUGCUGUUAUGAUGGGAAAAACCAAUCUCGAUGAAUUUGCAAUGGGGAGUGGAAGUAUUGAUAGUAUCUAUGGGCCAGUAAGGAAUCCUUGGGGAUAUUCUGAACAAUAUAGAGAACGGCAUGUUGAAGAUGAUGAUGUGGAAGACUCCAGCUGGGUAAUAGCAGGUGGUAGCUCUGGCGGUAGUGCAGUAGCUGUUGCUUCACUGUCAUGCUUUGCUUCUUUAGGUUCAGAUACAGGUGGUUCCACACGUAAUCCUGCAGCGCAUUGUGGUAUUGUUGGCUUUAAGAGUACUUACGGAUUGCUGUCUCGCCAUGGCCUCAUACCGUUGGUCAAUUCUAUGGAUGUUCCUGGCAUUAUGAGCAGAUGUGUAGACGAUGUAAGCACGGUAUUUGGUGUGCUUGCUGGCCAUGAUCCCAAAGACUCCACCACUGUACAAGAUCCAUUUAAACCCUUUGAAUUACCUGAUGAGAUCGAUGUAAGGAAUCUAUGUGUUGGAAUUCCAAAGGAAUAUCAUGCACCUGGACUUUCCAGUGAAACAUUGAAAGUGUGGACCAAGGCGGCUGAGCUGUUUGAAAAUGCAGGUGCCAGAGUUGUUGAAGUCUCUAUUCCUCACACCCAAUACUCAAAUGUGUGCUAUCACGUCCUGUGCACUACAGAAGUAGCAUCCAAUAUGGCUCGCUUCGAUGGACUGGAAUAUGGGCACCGCAGUAAAGUGGAAAGUUCAACAGAAUCCUUGUAUGCGGCAACCAGGCAUGAAGGCUUCAAUGAUGUGGUUCGAGGAAGAAUCCUGGCAGGCAAUUACUUUCUUUUAAAACAGAAUUACAAUGACUAUUUUGUUAAAGCCCAAAAAGUGAGACGCCUUAUUGCAAAUGACUUUCUGAAGGUUUUCAGGUCAGGUGUUGAUGUCCUCCUUACACCCACAACUCUAAGUGAUGCCUCCACAUAUCUUCAGUUUAUCAAAGAAGAUAACCGGACAAGGACUGCACAAGAGGAUGUUUUUACACAGUCAGCGAACCUAGCAGGUUUGCCAGCGAUAGCUGUACCUGCCACAUUGUCAGGAAGAGGACUGCCACUUAGCCUUCAGUUCAUUGGAGGGGCCUUCUGUGAUAAGCAACUGCUGACUGUUGCCAAAUGGUUUGAACAACAAAUGAAAUUUCCACUUCUCGAUCUCCAGGCAUUGUUAAAUAAUUGCAGUGAUCUUGUCAAACCUCAGAGUUCACUCGGUGUCUCCUGAUAUUUUUUCCAAAACCACAAUGGCUUAAACCAUAAAUGUUUGGGAAGGACUUCUAACUGUGAAUUUAAAACUGGAACUUAUACAUUUUAAUAAUGUAACAGAGAAUAAUACAAUGCAUCUUAUCCAGAGGUACUUUCUCUUUUAUCAGCUUAUUUUCUAUUUCCUCUUUUGGAGGCUUUGUCUAAACAGUACUCCUGCCUAAAUCACUACAGUUGAGCAGUUCUGGGGUGCACAGGAUUAUUAUUUUCUUCUCCAUUUCUUUUUUAGAUUUCUGUAUCGCUGGGAAGAUAGCUAUUUAGUGCUAAUUCCCAUAUGGCCAUUCCGUCUGUCUACCUUAUCAAGAAUCGUGAUGGUCUGAUCUGGCCAUGCUGUUCAAUUAAAAAAAAAAUUAGGAGCAUUGGUAGAAUGGUAGAAGCGAGCAUUUUAAUUUUCAAAGUGCAUUCAUGACAUUAUGAUUAAAAGUUUGAUACAAGAAGGAAAAGAUCACCUCUCUCCUGUAGUUCGCGCUAAUGCAUGCUAUUGUUCAGCCAGAAGUGUACUUCCAAAUGUCAAUACAUUGCUGACACUGAAGAGAUAUUAACGAGACAUGCAAAAAUGAAUGAAAAGUCUGAUGCACAAAGAAGUAAUGGUUCAUAAUCUGCAUGGUCUAAAACUGCAUGUCAAUUUCAACGGAUUUCACCAAGCAACGGGAAGCAGUCUUUUUGAGAGAAUACAAGCAAGAAUUUUUCUUGCUGUAGGUGGCUUGUCUGUUUGUAAGAAUGAAAUAGUGGGUAGGAUAGUUUGUGCUUGACUUUUGAAAAGAGCCCUUUCAGAACAUUCAGGAUGAUUGAAAGGAUGUGGCUACAAGAUUGGGAGUGUGGGGUGUUUGUGGUGGGCUAGAAACAGGGUGGACUCUUAAAGCUGAGGUCUGAAGGAAUUCAUUUGAAAAAAGGGAAAUUCUCGAUUCUCUACUUUGUUGAGUUGUGGAGACGAGAUCACUGGGGAUAUUGAGAGAAGAGGUGGAUACAUUUUUGUAAGACCAGAGCAUUGAGGCCAAUGGGGAUGUGGAAGUGGAGAGAAUAGUUCCUGUAGUAGGUAAGUCUAGGAACAGAGGGCACAGCCUCAGAAUAGAAGGACAUCCCUUUCGAACAAAGAUGAGGAAUUUCUUUAGCUAGAGGGUGCUCCAUCUGCAUACAGUUGUGGAGGCCACUUGGGUAUAUUUAAAACAGAGUCUCUAGAAGUGAAUGUGUAUAUUUAAAGGGGAGGUCAGUAGGUUCUUCAACAAUAAGGGUCUCAAAGUUUACAAGGAGAAGGCAGGAGAAUGGGUUUGAGAAGGAUAAUAAAUCAGCCACGAUGAAAUGGCAGAGCAGGAUCAAUGGACCAAAUAGCUAAUUUUCCCAUGUCUUUUUGAAUCCUGACACAGAAGAAGAGGUGAGAUCUGAGCAGUAUGAUCAGCUAAAGUCACAUUGAAGUCUGAGACAAACUUGAAGAUCCCAGUGCAAACUCUGGACAUUUUCUUGAAAUCUUAUGAAGUUGGAUUCAACAAUGACACAUCUUCAACUGUUGAUUGAUGGCUCAGGAAUAUAUUGAAGCAUUGCCUCCAUUUGGCUUUGAUGCCUUGUAUUCUUGAAGGAAUAUCACCUCAUCUUUGGUUCUGAGUGGUUUGGGACCAUGGGUGGUUAUGCCUUGUCUCACUUAUCAGCAGGGAACGCCUUGCCCUUUUCUUGCCACCACAUUUCUGACGGCACUGAUCUUUGGGAUUUCAGUCUUAAGCAGCUGCUUUCAUUCUGCUGUGUAUGGUUUUUUUCUAGAAAAGCAGAUCCUGAAAGCCAAGACCAUUUUCCAAUCCAACCCCAUAAGUCUGAAAGGCAGCACCAGAGGCACAGACCCUGUGUUUUGAAAGACAGCACCUGCCUCAGCAUUUUAUGACCAAUAUAUAAGACAAUAUAUAUGUGAUGAGUGUGACUGAGAAUGGUUAUGAGCGGCCACACUCUGGGAAGAGGUGACUGAGUGAAUUGACGGGCAAGAGUAAAGGAGAUGAUUGAAGGUAGCAGAGAAUCAGAAUCAGGUUUAUUAUCACCAGCAUGUGUCAUGAAAUUUGUUAACUUAGCAGCAGCAGUUCAAUGCAAUACACAAUAUAGAAGAAGAAGAAAAAUAAUAAUAAUAAAUAAGUGAAUCAAUUACAGUAUACAUAUAUUGAAUAGAUUAUAAAAUGUGCAAAAAUAGAAAUAAAUAAAAUAGGCAUCCGUUAGUCUCUUGAGACCAUGGAUCUGCGCCUGGAGUUUUCAGGGCGCAGGCCUGGGCAGGGUUGUAUGGGGUACCGGCAGUUGUCCAAGCUGCAAGCCUUCCCCUCUCCACGCCACUGAUGUUGUCCAAGGAAAGGGCACUAGGACCCAUGCACCGAUGACGUCGCAGAGCAAUGUGUUGUUAAGUGUCUUGCUCAAGGACACAAACACGCUGCCUCAGCUGAGGCUCGAACCAGUGACCUUCAGAUCACUAGACCAAUGCCUCAUCCACUAGCCCACACGCCAACACGAGAAAACAGAAAUAAUAUAUAUUUAAAAAGUGAGUUAGUAUUCACGGAUUCAAUGGCCAUUUAGGAAUCAGAUGGCAGAGGGGAAGAAGCUGUUCCUGAAUCGCUGAGUGUGUGCCUUCAGGCUUCUGUACUUCUUACCUGAUGGUAACAGUGAGAAAAGGGCAUGCUCUGGGUGCUGGAGGUCCUUAAUAAUGGACACUGCCUUUCUGAGACACCAUUCAGAAGAUGUUCAGGGUACUUUGUAGGCCGGUACCCAAGAUGGAGCCGACUGAAUUUACAACCCUCUGCAGCUUCUUUCGGUCCUGUGCAGUAGUCCCCAUAAUGCUCUCCGCCGUACAUCUGUAGAAGUUUUUCAGUGUACUUGUUGACAUACCGAAUUUCUUCAAACUCCUAAUGAAGUAUAGUCGCGGUCUUGCCUUCUUUAUAACUGCAUUGACAUGUUGGGACCAGGUUAGGUCCUCAGAGAUCUUGAAACUGUGCUUUCUCUCCACUUCUGAUCCCUCUGUGAGGAUUGGUAUGUGUUCCUUUGUCUUACCCUUCCUGAAGUCCACAGUCAGCUCUUUCGUCUGACUGACGCUAAGUGCAAGGUUGUUGCUGUGACACCACUCCACUGGUUGGCAUAUCUCACUCCUGUACACCCUCACGUCUCCAUCUGAGAUUCUACCAACAAUGGUUGUGUCAUCAGCAAAUUUAUAGAUGGUAUUUGAACUAUGCCUAGUCACACAGUCAUGGGUAUAUAGAGAGUAGAGCAGUGGACUAAGCACACACCCCUGAGGUGCACCAGUGUUGAUAGUCAGCGAGGAUGAUAUGCUAUCACCAAUCCGCACAGAUUGUGAUCUUCCAGUUAGGAAGUUGAGUAUCUAAAUACAGAGGGAGGUACAGAGGCCCAGGUUCUGCAACUUCUCCAUCAGUAUUGUGCAAAUGAUGGUGUUAAACGCUGAGCUAUAGUCAAUGAACAGCAUCCUGACAUAGAGGGGAAACCGAAGUGGGAAAGAAGUGAAUAUGGGUAACAUCUUGCAUACCUGCUCUAUGCAUCAAAGUAUUUCUGCUUUAAAUGUAUGAAUAUGUGUAUGAGACCACAUAAGUAUUUAGACCAAGACCUUUCUCUGUCAGGAGUAUGAAGCUGAUGUACAAUAACGUAGAAAACCUACAGCACAAUACAGGCCCUUCAGCCCACAAGGUUGUGCUGAACAUAUCCCUACCUUAGAAAUUACUAGGCUUAUCUGCAGCCCUCUAUUUUUCUAAGCUCCAUGUACCUAUCCAAAAGUCUCUUAAAAGACUCUAUUGUAUCCGCCUUCACCACCUUUGCCGGCAGCUCAUUCCACGCACUCACCACUCUCUGAGUAAAAAACUUACCCCUGAAAUCUCCUCUGUACCUACUCCCCAGCACCCUAAACCCAUGUCCUCUUGUGGCAACCAUUUCAGCCCUGGGAGAAAGCUUCUGACUAUCCACACAAUCAACAUCUUAUACACCUCUAUCAGGUCACCUCUCAUCCUCCGUCGCUCCAAGGAGAAAAGGCCGAGUUCACUCAAUCUAUUCUCAUAAGACAUGCUCCCCAAUCCAGGCAACAUCCUUGUAAAUCUCCUCUGCACCCUUUCUAUGGCUUCCACAUCCUUCCUGUAGUGAGGCAACCAGAACUGAGCACAGUACUCCAAGUGGGGUCUGACCAGGGUCCUCUGUAGCUGCAACAUUACCCCUCAGCUGCUAAAUUCAAUUCCAUGAUGAAGGCCAAUACACUGUAUGCCUUUUUAACCACAGAGUCAACCUGCGCAGCUGCUUUGACCGUCCAAUGGACUCGAACCCCAAGAUCCCUCUGAUCCUCCACACUGCCAAGAGUCUUACCAUUAAUACUAUAUUCUGACAUCAUAUUUGACCUACCAAAAUGAACCACUUCACUCUUAUCUGGGUUGAACUCCAUCUGCCACUUCUCAGCCCAGUUUUGCAUCCUAUCAAUGUCCCGCUGUAAUCUCUGACAGCCCUCCACACUAUCCACAACACCUCCAACCUUUAUGUCAUCAGCAAACUUGCUAACCCAUCCCUCCACUUCCUCAUCACAGUCCUGUGAUGAAAGAAUUCAUACUCUGGUAUUCCACUACUCUGAACUGGAGUGAAAGAACCAAUUUCUCUUCCAGAAGGACUGAAUACACAGAGAAAGCACCCAAUCCUUUUAAAGAACAUUAACAACAAUUGGAAACAACUCAGAAGAUUUUAAUUAACUUUUGCUGAUGAAUGGGGGUGAUUAGGUUAUAAUUAGCCAAUUGACAUUGUCCUGCUUGUUGCUAGGACAUUCAUGGGAAAUUUUCCAUGUUAUUGUAUAAAUGCCAAGGCUCAGAACUAGCUUGAUGCAGCUAGUUCUGAGACACAGGCCUUCAGUACUACAGCUGAGAUGCCAGCUGAUCCCGUACCCUUUGAGUGAAUGGAAUUGGCUGAAGGUUGGCUUUUUUGAUGGUAGGGAUUUAAGGAGCAAGCCAAAGAUAUGGGCAGUUAUACAGAGAAAUCUAGAUUAAUUACAUUUAAUUGUAGAAAAGUCCAAGGAUUCUCCAGUCUCCGGGUCAAUAUCAUUAAAACAGAUACACCACUGGAUAUCUUUGUUAUUUGCAGGAACCUGUUGUGCACAAAUUUGCCUCUGCAUUUUCUCCAGUGGUCACUACACUUUGACAGUAUUUUAGAAUAUCCUGUGUUCUGAAAGACACUGUAUAAAUAAUAAUCCUUCAAAAAUGUAGUAAAAAUUAUGAAGUAAUCAUUUCUAAAUCUUGUCAAUUUUUUACCACAAUCUAAGCAGAAUUUUGAAUGGAUGAAUUAAACUUGCAUUAGGAUAUAUUGCGUAAAUAUUUUUUUGAUAUUACAACAUAAUAUUUGAAUAUUUGUGUUUAUACAGAGUGGAUAAGCUGGAAUCAGUCAUCCCAGAAAUACAGAUAUUAAUUCAAAUUUAUCCAUACUUUGACAUAAAAAUUCUUGUAAUCCUUGAGUCAACUGUAAAAUCAGUCAAUAUAUUUUAAAUCUCAACUGUAAAGUUCAAAGGUGAUUAGUCCUUUAACUGCACGAGAAAAAGUUGGUGUAAACUGUGCCAAUUUUAAUAUUUUUUCCUCAAGUUUCAGUUUCAUCUCAUUCGCAUGCUAUCAGUUGUAAAAUUUGCUCUGAGCAAAGGCGGUUGGACAGACUUAUUAAAAAAAUGUUAGCAUUUUUUUGUAUUCACUCGCCUAUAACUAAUGAGAUCCUAUACCAGGAGAUGGAACAAA